AUGGUUUCAACCAAUUUUGUGUACAGAAACAAAAGGGUGAAAAUGACCGAAAGUGAAGAACCGAAUCGAAAGCCGCGUGUUGAUAUCGAAUAUUGUAAUGUGUGCAACUCAAAACCACAGUGCCUAGAGCUAGCGAGCAUUAUACGUGAACAAAUCCCCGAAGCAGAAGUCGUGUGUCGAACAGGAAGGCGCGGUUCUUUCGAAGUGCAGAUCAACGAUACGCUGGUACACUCGAAACUGAGCUCGUUAGCUUUCCCACACUACGAGGAUGUUGUGCAGAAUGUACGUAAUGCAAGGGACGGGCUACCAGUUAACAAAGUGGCCGAACAACCGAUCACUGACUGUGUGGUACAGUAG